UAGGGAGAUCUGCUUGACAGAAGAAAGAGGUUAGGCGUCCUUCGAUUGGUGUUUUAUCAUGUACUGGGCUUUGCGGUUAUACUGAACCGUCGCACUAAUUAGACUGCUGGUUGUGAUGAACAAAACUGAACGGCAUUACAUGUGCUUUCCGUGCAUCUGCUUGUUAUAAUCGCCUCUUGAAUUAUCGCGACUAUAUCAUGAUUGCUGUUAAGCAAGCUAAGUUGAUCACUGUUAAUGCCAACUAUUUCUUCAGAAUCUAGCUGACUGACUAGCUGUGAAAGGUAGGAUGUCUGGAUCAGAUAUGCCAUUCCCUUGCCCUCUAUGGCUUAACCUCUUUAACCCCCCUCGUAUUCAUCGUUCAUUUCACACUUACGACGACUUUCGUACCGUCGCCUUAAGGAGGCCUUGUGUGUUCAACUUCCAGUUCCCAUUCCGUUCACCCGUCUCACCCCUUCACCCCGUCGUCCCUGUCAUCCCAGUGUCAGCUGCCCGAUCAUUCGGAGCCUCUGGGUCCGGUGCCGCUGUCGACCCGUCUCCGUUCCAGACCGGCCUCAAGCCCUUCUGCACAGCACCCGCCGAAAUUUCUAGGUUCGGAAGGUUCUCUGGCACCUCCGCUUUUCCUCUGGCGGGUCUUCGUGAAUUCCAUUUGCCUCUGCUGGCUCAACUUUUCUUGCGGUUGCUUGUGUUGUCUUCACCUCACCGAGGAUGUUGGUUACGAAUCGAGAUCGUGGACUAGCUCAUCCUCGAUCACCUGGGCUCUUACCACAGCGAACAUGUCCGACCAGCCUGGCCGCGAAGAAUACAAUGGCCUUCCUGGUCCUGCUUGGGAACUGAAAGGUUUCGGUUCCGACGAAGAUACAGUCAUGGGAGA